UUUACUGGUCGAAGGUCCCGAGCAAGCAAAAAUCUCAGAAAGAAAAAUCCUCUAUUUUCUGUUGCAAUCGGCGCUCGAUCCGAACUGGGUUUCUUCAAUUGAUAGAAGAUAGAAAGGGAUUGGGAUUUUCGAUGGUCGGCAUCUGACGCCAUGAGGAAGAAACUCGAUACCCGUUUCCCAGCCGAAAAAGAAAAAGAAAGAAAAUCCAAUGCAAAUUGUGGACUGCAGUGAAUCUGGUUGCAUGUGGGCUCUUGGACAGGCCAGUCUCGAAUUAAAAAGAUCAUGCAAGCAGAUGAGGAUGUUGGGAAGAUCGCUCUGGCUGUGCCGCUUUUAGUAUCUAAAGCAUUGGAAUUGUUUCUGCAAGAUCUCUGUGAUCGGACAUAUGAUAUAACUCUCCAAAGAGGAGCAAAGACAAUGAGCUCUUUACAUUUGAAACAAUGUGUACAAAGCUAUAAUGUCUUUGACUUCCUGAGGGAGAUUGUCAGCAAAGUUCCCGACUUGGGAGGUUCUGAUGCUGCUGGUGAGGAUAGAUCCAUUACCAGGAGAAGGAAAGCUGUAGAUGACGAUGACAAUGACAGCGAUGAGGAAUCGAAAAGGAGCAGGACGCAUGAGAUGGGCCACAGCAGCAGCGGUAGAGGGCGGGGGAGGGGCCGAGGAAGAGGCCGUGGACGUCCUAGUCGAGCGGCUGAGAGAGAGAGUGCCCAAUAUGAAAAAUGCGAAGAUGAUCCAGACAUUUCUCCUCCACACAAUGACAAACAGAACCCUAAUCCUGGAAGGCCAGAUGAUGGCAUCGAAGACAAAGAAUCAAAGGAAAACAUAGCUAGUAGCAGCACCAAUGUGAUGGCACGGAACUUCGAUCUGAAUGUGGAGUUGAAUGAGAAUGAAGACGCCACGGCCGCAGCUAGGAAAGUCCCAGCGCCGGACGUCAAGCACGAGGAGUAUCCGGGCUGGUCACUCUCCGACAUGGACAAGAUGGCCAUUGACCCGAUUCAGCUUGCACAACUCAACAAACAGAUAGAAGAAGAAGAGGAAGAUUAUGACGAGGAAGGAUGAGACUGUAAACUAGAGGAACCAUCUGAUCCCCGGCCCAAGGAUAUGCAUGCUAUCCUCAAUAUUUCCUUUUGUACUAGUGGAGCCAGUGAUUAAACAUUUUCAGAUCUCUGAAGUGAUUAGCUUCAUCGUGGAUGGACUGUGCCCCUGAAAUCUCCAGGAUUGAAAAUCCUACCCAUUGAUUCCCUUCUGUAGUAAUCAAUGGGUAGGAUUAUCCCAACAAGGAUAUUUUUGGGCCGUGGUCCAUCGAGAGUCAGAUCUGCCGUACCCGAGGACUUGAAGAUUUUAUACAUGAUCACAGGGCGUGGAUCACAUGAUUCCUCAUGUAAAGUAUCCCUCACAGAGGUUGGUAACUCCAUUCUGAUACAUACAAUGCUAUUCACCAUUUUGAGACUACUGGUAGGAGCUUUUAGGGGAAAACACAAACACACAGAUAGCCUAAGGAGAUUAAAUGCUAGAAAUGGCUGGAAAAGCUUUCAGCCUUCCCAGUACUUGUAUUAUAUGCUGCUUCUACACCACUAACAAGAACAGUACUGCUACCUUUUAGUUUAAAGCAUUAGACAAAUCCUUCAUGUGCGUACCUGUCCGGUUGAUCAUUGAUGGAUGUGUAAUGAUGGCUGCCAUUGCCAUUGUAUCCCGCCACAAUAUGGGGAUUAUCUAUUGGUAUAUGGAUGCUUUAUGAGGGAUUGCUUGCCA